AUGCUGCGCUUGGGUCGCUGUCUGCCGCGCUCCAUCGAGACUCCGACUCCAAAGUUCUAUUGCGCUUCCCGCAGCCAUUACUCAACGCUAUCAUCCUCGCAUAGAGAGCAGGUGACUGUUCCGUGUAGAUCGAACGGACAUAUCACACUAAGUCUGUUUCACCCUCGCAUUGCUUCGGGUCCCGCGCCGUCCAUCAUCUUGUAUCUUCCUCCCGGGCCUUUGUUGCCUGCUGCCUUGCCCACUAUUGAUGUCGGCGCCGCACUUUCUUCAGUGACGUCGGCUACUGUCGUGCAGAUCAAUUAUCGUUGCUCGCCGGAACAUCGAUAUCCUACGCCUAUUCACGAUGUCUUGACAGGCUAUGAUUGGGUUCUCGAGCAUUUGGUCCCUAGCAGAUCUUUCUACCGUCCAGGUCGGUCUGCAAACCACAGGGUCAAACUGGCAGUAUGUGGUGAACUCAUUGGUGGCAGUCUUGCCGCCAUGCUCACGUUGACUGAGUGCCGUCUUCAAGGACCAUACGCUGCGGCUGCUGCAAUCAAUGAGCCCAUCCUCAGCUGGGUAUUCCCCGAGAAUGAAGAAGACGAAUACGAAACCUCUGUUGGUCGCCUCGCCUCGUACAUCCAAGAUUUGCAAAUCGGCCGAAAACAAAGAGCCAAAUCAAAACCUCGUCAGACGAGUUUCUCAACUUUUGGAGAGAAUGGUAUUCUCAAUGCCAGCACACUACUCAAGGCGAGGCACAAUCUGUUCAGACGUCCCGAGGACUACUUCGACACAUUUGCUUCACCAAUUCUCAACUUCCGAACUCCAGGAGUUUCAAUACCACCGCCACCACCAAAGACUCCCGCCGACGAAUUUGCCGAACUCGCCUUGUUCGAGCGCGAUGACUUCUAUCGGCAGCAAAUGAAGAUGAGCUCACUGUCAUACAGACUGCAAAAUCCAGAACAGCAGGAAGAAGAAUUGCCAGAGGGCAAGGAGCCGCGCAAGUCGCAUCGGAGAUGGCCUAAUGCAGGAAGUGGAUUGAGGUUACCUCAAAUGCGCAUCUCGUCUGCAGCAACCAGUCCACUAUCAGAUCAAGCUGGCGAGUUUGCGCGACUGAUCCAGAAAAGUAUUGUAUCGCAGGAGAUCAAAACUGUGGAGGCUGAGGAGGAUGAUAUGGCAAAGGAAGCGGCAUAUAUGCUUGCUGAGCGUCAGAUAUAUCACAGGCAGCCUGAAUCUCUACGCCUGUGGUCGCUGGGUCAGACGCACGAUUUGCGACACAUCGCGCACUGGUUCGAGCAGAUUCUCGAGCAGUGA